AUGGAGAGCUUAUUUGUGUUGGGAUAUCGUUUAAGUGAUGCUGGUAAUGAAAGAGUUAAGAUGUAUUUAGAAGGGUUUGCUAUAGAUGUCGCUGAUAUUUGUGCUUUAUCAACUGGUGUAACUGGUACUUACAGAUAUCUCCUUAAAAAUGAGUCUAUAAGCACAGCCAAUAUAUCAUGUCCAUCUGCCUUACAGUCGUAUUUUACGUAUUCUGCCGACUUUGGUUCGAAUGAUACAUGCAGUGGUAAUACAACUCAAUUUGAUGGUUGUACAUCUUCAACAGCAUUAUCGUAUAAUUAUAGUGUAAUCGACACAUCCAGUACCUCAACUAUUUACGCCACCCAGUAUCCACAACAGUGUCAAGAUAACCAAACUAGUACAUACGUCCAAGCAGCUGGUGCAGCAUUAAUAUUUACAUACAAUGAUAUGAUUUAUAGCAGUGGUCUGGAACCUGUCACGCCGUCUGGUGUAUAUCCUAGAACUAUGGAUGAUAGAGCCAAUAAAGAAGAACGGAUGUCAUGUGACAGUGCUCUUGGAAUGGAGGAAGAUUAUAUACCACCUCUUGCUGGUACACCUGAAGUUAGAACAAACCACGAAGUAAAAGCCUUUAGAAAGGUUCACGGUCGACAACAAUUUAAAAGCGAAGCAGCUUUGGUUAACGAUAGCAACCCAAUGAAUCUGGUGAAGAAGAUCAAGAAACUUGCCAAGAAGAAGAAGCGAAAGCCUUCUGAGAUAUACCAAUCACCGGAUCCAGUACCUCAAUCUGUACGCUCUGAUCCGAACUAUGUCAUGGGGAUUGGUAAUGGUGCUGAAGCGGACAGAGGACGAGAUGCCAAACGUCGAGACACUCAUCCAGACGUAAAUUCUUCAAGUCGAGUUCAACCCAUGCCCAACACCAACUUUGCAUACGAUGACCAGGUCGACAAGUCCGCCAUACAGUCUGGUAAGCGAUUUAAGCAAGAUGAAGACGUAUCCAAGUUAUUGGCGGGAACAGUGUUAAAUGACGUUGAUGCCUCAUCUCGUACAAAUCACCAACAAAGACGACGAAAACCAUCCAAGGGCGUCCACUAUUCCCCUCGAUCUCCCGGGGUCAUCAUGGAAGAUCUAGAAGACCAAGUAUCCAAGAAAUAUACAGAGGGUUAUUUGUCUCCUGUUGAACAAGAGCACCCGGACUCCAACGCCGCUAAUUCUGUUAAUAAUAAAGCAAAUGCUUAUAUCUAUACUGAAGAUGACAAGAAUGGAACCAGAGAUAGGGUUUCCGUAACACCUGGAAUGAAAAUUCGACGAUAUGAAAACAGUGGUGAUGGAAUGGAUCCUAAUGAAUCCUCGACAUUAUCGGCCAGGAAUCAGUCCAACUAUAUUCAACGUCUGAACAGGAAAACACCCAAGAGAAUGAGUUCAAACCGACUUACUAAGAGUGCUGGGUCUCCAUCUUUACCGGAACUACAGCGUCGUGGUAUGACUGAUGACAAGUACAGGAAAUUACUCGAAGAAUUAUAUCCCGACAAGAAAUAUUUCGAUUAUACCAAAGAUUCUGCGGGUCCAUCUGAAGAAUAUCUUUCCAACAAAACCAAUGAAGGUUUGGAAUAUUUACACGGAUGUGCUGAAUAUUGGGAGAAUCACGAAUCUCCCCAGAGACCACAAUCAACACCGUCUAAAUCAAAAGGAUCAAAAUCUGCAAGAGGACAGACAACAACUAGAAUUAGUUCCGGCUUGUCGCGAAAUCACAGUAUUCAUACACUGGAAGUGACAUCCGAGGGAUUUCCUCCCAAUGUAUCCUAAAUAAAUACUACUUAUUUUGUAUUCUCUGAAGACAUUUUAAAUCACAAGAUAUAGUGUGGACGAGACAUUAGCCCCAUUCUUUUGGGGGAAAACUGUGCGUUGAAUUUGUUUUUUAUUUCUUAUAUAAGGACAGAUUAAUUUUGAAUACAAACAUUUCAGUCACAAAAUAUAUUAAAUACCUUAAAUUGGGGUAUACCGUUCAUGCACUUUUGGAUAUUAUCAAUUAUUUCACGUCUUUACCAACGCUAAAAUGUACUCAAAAUGUUUAUUUAAUUCACCACAUCGAUACAGAAUUGUUCAAAGAACAAACAUGCUAAUUUUCAUGUCUAUCGGACUUGAAGUGACGACGCUAUCGAAGAGCGUCACCACAAGAACAAGAAGAACAAGAUGAGUAGCUGUUAGCAACCAGUUCCUGGUCCAAAAAGUACAUCAAUGGUAGAUACUGUUGUUGUUUGGAUCCAAUUGGAUUAAAAACAUGAGACUCAUCAAUACAGAAUCAACACUUACUUAUAUAUAACACUGAUUUGUUUAUAGCGUUUCAAUUAGACCAUUUAUGGAAUGGUAUUCGUCUAGAGAUUCAAUUUUCACAAUAUUAUAGUUUACAACGGAUUUAAAAUCACUCAAAUGAUGACCAGCGGCCCUGGAUUAUGUUUUCCCAUUUUUGGCAAGUGUAUUUAUUCCUUAAAACAAGAUGCGUUAUAGAAAAAAUGGUGUAACAGGUUUACGAUUUGUUUAAAUUACUCGGUUUCUGAUCAAAUAUAAUAAAAUGAUAAGUCAAACCUACCUGUUAAACCAUAUUAAUUAUGAUAUUCAAACUAUAAUGACCUGCUAAAGGAUUAACCUACGAGAUUAUCUAUGAUACAUGUAACA